GAAGGGCAAAGAAGGGGUAACCCCACCUGGGGCUCAUUCCAGGAACCCUACCCCAAGGGGGUGAUCCCGCUGUCCGUCAUCGAGAUGGCUCGCUCCACCAAGGACAACAAGUUCCAGGUCUUCACCAGCCAUCGGAUCUUCGUCUUCCGUGCUGAGAAUGAGGCCCAGAGGAACGAAUGGUGUUCCACGCUGCAGAAGAAGGUGACAGACCAGCGCCUGGUGGGCUCCCGGCCCCGGCCUGCCAACACCGCUCACUGCCAGAAGUCAGGCACCCUGGAGCUGAAGGGCCAGAAGUCCAAGGUGUUUGCAGCCCUGAGCCUGCCGGAGAUGUGGCUGUACAAGAGCGAGCAGUUCUUUAAAAUGGGCAUUGGCAUCUGCUUGAUCGAGAUGCGCGGCUCCACCAUCCGCGAAGCCAAGAACCGCAGCUUCGAGCUCAUCACCCCUUUCAAAAUAUUCAGCUUCGUGGCGGAGUCGGAGCGGGAGAAGCGGGAGUGGAUGGAGGCCCUGCAGGAGGCCAUAGCCGAGACGCUCUAUGACUACGAGGUGGCAGAGAAGAUCUGGUCCAACAAAGCCAACAAAUACUGUGCAGACUGCUGGGCUCAGAGUCCUGACUGGGCGUCCAUCAACUUGUGUGUGAUCAUCUGCAAGCAGUGCGCAGGGCAGCACCGCAGCCUGGGCUCCAACAUCUCCAAGGUGCAAAGUCUGAAGCUCGACACCAGCGUCUGGUCCAACGAAAUUGUACAGCUCUUCAUCGUGCUGGGAAAUGACCGAGCAAACCGCUUUUGGGCUGCUCGCCUGCCCGCUGCUGAGGGCCUCUACCCAGACGCCAGUGCCGAGCAGAGACGGGACUUCAUCUCCCGCAAGUACCGGGAGGGUCGGUACCGCCUGCCCCAUCCCCACUAUGCCACUCAGGAGGACGUGCUCCAGGUAGGGACCACCCCGGCAUGUAGGCAGGGUGCUGGGGUGCUGGGAACAACCCCAGAGGCUGGGCCGGGGGCCGCCCCUGCUGCCUGUGAGGUGGCCCCUGGGGCCGACCUGUGGUGGGGACUGGAGAGCAAAAGGCACAGGAACCAUCCAGGGACCCCCCGCGCACAGGAGCCAGGUCCGGAGGGUGUCUACAAUGAGAUCACGCAGCCAGUGACACACAGCGGGUAUCUGUACCGGGCCACGGCCCCCCACACGCUCCCGAGUGCCCAGAAGAGCAAAGAGGACUUCCAGCGUACCUGGUGCUCCCUGGAGAGAGCCCUGCUCUUCUUCGAGACGGAGAAAUGCACCGAGCUCUUGGGCCACAUCGAGAGCGGGGACCUCAUCUCCCUGGGCGUGAGCAGAGCCCAGGCGCUCACCAGCCCCGGUCCCACCGAAAGGUUUCGCUUCACCCUUGAGCUCUUCCUCACCGGGGAAAAAGUGCAGCAGCUGGGAACCGAUGGGCCCGAGACGCUGCAAGUCCUCUCUUGCUCCGUCCCGCAGUGGUUCACACCCGUGAGCUGUCACUGCCUGCUGGGCUACGAGUUCCAGCGCGUGGGCCAGCUGCGCUACAAGUGCAUGCUCAACCCCGAGCGGUGGCAGCAGGCCUUCUUCAUCCUCAUGUGGUGGGUGGCCGCACAUGGCUCUCACCCCUGUACUUCUCACCCCACUGCAGGUCUGGUUCCCCCCACAGAGACCCCAGAGAAGAAGGAGCUGCUGAUCCUUGUGGAGAUGGGAAGGACGUUUUACCUGCAGGGCUUGUCGCGGGCGGCCUCGUCAGCGUGGUACGCCGACAUCCAGGCGUCGGCGGGGGGCCGGGGUAACGCACUGCGGGACCAGCAGCUGAGCCGGGGGGACAUCCCCAUCAUCGUGGACAGCUGCAUCGCCUUCAUCACGCAGUACGGGCUGCGGCAUGAGGGGAUUUACCGCAAGAACGGAGCCAAGUCCCGGAUCAAGGUACUGAUGGAGGAGUUUCGGCGGGAUGCCCGCAACGUCAAGCUGCGCAUCAACGACAACUUCAUCGAGGACGUCACCGACGUGCUGAAGAGAUUCUUCCGUGAGCUUGAGGACCCCGUCUUCACCCUGGAGCUGCACCCACAGUGGAAGGAGGCUGCAGAAAUCUCCUCAAAGCCCCAGCGCCUGGAGCGGUACAAGGAGCUCAUUCAUCGCCUGCCUCGCCUCAACCACAAGACCCUGGCUGCGCUGAUCGGGCACCUCUACCGGGUUCAGAAAUGCGCGGAAUUCAACCAGAUGAGUACCAAGAACCUGUCGCUGCUGUUCGCACCCAGCCUCUUCCAGACCGAUGGCAAAGGGGAGCACGAGGUCAAGGUGAUGGAAGACCUCAUUGACAACUAUGUCAGCAUCUUCAAUAUUGAUGAGGACCAGGUAUCCCAGAUGGAUCUGGAGAACAGUCUGAUCACCACCUGGAAGGACACCCAGCUCUCACAGGCAGGGGACCUCAUCAUCGAGGUUUACCUGGAGCAGAAGCUGCCCGACUGCUGCGUCACCCUGAAGGUGUCCCCCACGAUGACGGCAGAGGAGCUCACCAACCAGGUGCUGGAGAUGCGCAACGUGGCGGCCAGCCUGGACAUCUGGCUGACCUUCGAGGCCCUGGAGAAUGGGGAGCUGGAGCGGCCCCUGCACCCCAAGGAGAAGGUGCUGGAGCAAGCUUUGCAGUGGUGCAAGCUCCCAGAGCCCAGCGCCGCGUACCUGCUGGUGAGGAAGGUCCCCAUCGGCNNNNUCUCGCCCCACUGGGCAGGCGUCAAGCGUGAGACCCCCAAGUGCGGACUGCUGAAAUGCCGCGAGGAGCCCCCCAAGCUGCUGGGGAACAAGUUUCAGGAGCGCUACUUUGUCAUCCGGGACCGGAGGCUGCUGCUGCUCAAGGAGAAGAAGAGUGCCAAGCCAGAGCGCGAGUGGCCCCUGGAUGCAGCCAAGGUUUACAUGGGCAUUAGGAAGAAGCUGAAGCCACCAGCCCAGUGGGGUUUCACACUGAUCCUGGACAAGCAGCAGCUGUACCUGGUGUGCUCGGGGCAGGCUGAGCUGUGGGACUGGACCACCAGCAUCCUCAAGGCUCAG